AUGAUACGUGCAGCUGUUAUUUCGCUACUUUUCGCUAUUUUAAGUUUAUCACUAGCUGCUCCGUAUAGAACUGGCUAUGGCCCGGAAAGUAUGAUGGGCUACGGAGCGUAUGGAGGCUACGGAACAAUGGGAGGAAUGGGAUCGCCUUACGGAAUGGGCAUGGGAAUGGGAUAUCCAGGAAUGCUUUCGAUGAGCAUGAGUCCAUAUGGAAUGGGUAUCGCAGGAAUGCCAGGAGCAAUGGGAAUGGGUGGACCCCUCGGAUCUCCGUACGGUUCAGGAGGGCUUUAUGGUGGUGGUCUGGGCUCUGGACUUGGAGGACUUUAUGGUACCGGUGCUGGCUCACCGCUUGGUUUGGGCAUGGGAACGAGUUCGUUCUUCAGAAGAAAGUGA